CCCCACCAUGAUUCAUCCCUUGUUCUUUUUCUACAUGUAUCAUCCAUCUCUCUCAAGCUGUCGCAACUUUGCAUCCAUGUGCUUGAACUGAGGUUUAUUUUGGAUUUCCCAAUCGAGAGCUGACAGAUUAUACCAGGGACUUAGGUGCUCACCCAGAAGAAUAUCCUGAGAUUUGGCAAGCUUUGUUACUUCAAGUUUCAUACUUACUCGGUACUUUACUUCGUUGAAGAAUAAGCCGUCAUCAAGUUGCAGCGCCUCCAAAGCACCUACCAAUUCUUUCCAAACAGAAAAGAAAAACGGCAGAGAGAGAUAAAACAUAAGAGGGACAAAUAGACGCAAAACGAAGGAAACAGACACAAAAUGCCUGCCUUUGAGGCUUCCAUGUCGCAGCGCAGCAGCAGCGCACCAGACGACGGCGAGCUUCACUUUCCGCCAGUCACAAGAGACCACAUCCUGCACUGCUCCUACGACAACUGGUUUCCCAAAUACCGCACGUCGUGCAUCCGCUCGCGCAUAAUCCCGCUCACGGCCGGCUUCGUCUCGUACCUGCGCGAAGACGGCAUCAUCCUCGCCGACGAGGGUGACGACACCACUACCUCCGCCAGCGCCGCCGACCAAGACUGGGAGCCGACCUUCACGUCGGCGGCGGCGCACCGGCCGCCUUCGCGCUCCGGCGGCGGCUACGGCCAGCAGGAGGAAGACUCCUCCGACUCCGACUCCGACUCCGAGUCAGACGCGGGCCCGCCGCCACUCCCACCGAACCGGCGGUUCCCGGCGCUGCACACAGCCAUCACGGCAGCGAUCGCGGAGCUGGGCGGGGCGGUGGCGCCCAAGCUGAACUGGUCGAGCCCCAAGGACGCCACGUGGAUCUCGCGGCACCCCAACACGGUCAAGUGCACGAGCGCCAACGACGUGUACGUGCUGCUCAAGAGCUCGUCGUUUGUCAGCCACGACCUGGACCACGCCUUCGACGACACCGUGCCACCCCCUUCUCAGAGUACUCAAAACUUCUCCCCCGUCCUCGUCCUGCGCGCCUUCUUCUCGCCGCUGCCCUCGCUCGAGUUCCGCUGCUUCGUCAAGGACCGCAACCUGGUCGCCAUCACGCAGCGCGACCUGGCGUACUACGGCUUCCUGCGGUCGCUGCGCGGCGCCAUCGUCGCACGGGUACGAGAACUCUUCCGCGCGCAGCUACGCCUAACUUUUCCCGACGCGUGUUUUGUCUUUGACGUGUACAUUCCCGAAGCAGCGACCUACGACUCCUCCUCCUCCUCCUCUGAUGAUGAUGAUGAUCCAGACACAGACGCAGACAGAGCCAAACCCGGCCGCCUCGGCCGCGCGCGGCUGAUCGACAUCAACCCGUGGGCGCCGCGGACCGACACGCUGCUGUUUGGCUGGGGCGAGCUGCUGGGCGUGCGCGUGGCACGGCCGGUGCUGGGCGGUGCCGUGUCGGCGCAGGACGCGCACGCGGCGGCCGUAGACGAUGCCGAUACAGAUGAUGAUGACGCUGGGGGUCUGACUACUACCGAUGACGAAGAAGAAGAACACGAGCCCGAGCUGCGCCUCGUCGAGCAGGACGACCCCACCGCCUACAACUUCAGCUCGGCACCCUACUCGGCGCACAAGCUGCCCAAAGACGUCGUCGAUGCGAGCAUGGCCGGCGAGGGCGGCAUGCGCGAGUUUGCCCAGCGCUGGCAGCGGCUUACCGAGAACGGCGCCGGCGGCGGCCGUUGGCGGGGUUGAUGUUUUGUUUUGUUUUGUUUUGUGCGCGAUCCGCUUUGCUUGCAUUCAUGCAUGGAUAAACCGAAAAGUGAUAUUGGACGGGCAUCUACGUUUGGCAGAUAGAUAGCUAGUGGCAUAUGAUAUCUCUGCUGUUUGUUAAAGACGGGGAUGGGCCAUGUCAUAUUAUACUAAUGCAAAAGACAAAGUACAGGAAGAUCGCUGUAAUGCGUACGUACGGCUUGGGCUUACUAUCCGCUCCCUUGUGAUGGAUGAACUUGAUAGACAUAGUUAGCAUGUCUGUCCCGGUAUCCGGAUGGUGGACAAUUUUCUUUAUUUUAUAUACCCACCGGCCGCCUAAAGGCUGAUAUCCAGUUG